AUGAAUACUACUCUGAAUGAAGGUCUACUGAGUCUGCCUCACGGUAGUUCCAAUGCUAUUCUGCUCGGAAUCGCUAUAGCGGCUUUAACUGUCGUGUUGCAGCUAUACGAUUCAAAUGCGAAGAGCAAGUACCCUCUGGUAGGAGCUGAUCUGAAGAACUACUUCUUUCGGGCGAUACGUCCGCGCCAACACUGGUUCAAACAUGGCCCAGAAAUCAUCCAUAGCUCAUUCAAGAAGUUUCCAAAUACCAUCUUCACUUUGCCAUCUCUUGAUCGCACCUCUAUCGUCCUGCCACCACGAUUUCUGCCAGAAAUCAAAGAGCUUCCGGGCACUGUUGGCAGCAACUCCCAUGCCACCUCAGAUUUCUUCAUCGGGAAUUGGACUACGCUAGAUUAUGACAUCUUUGCUCAUGCUACGAUCGAUGCUAUCAAGGCGCAGUAUAUCGCCAGGAUUGGCCAGCAAAUUGGACCUGCCUCGAAUGAGGCUUCAUAUGCGUUUAUUAAGCAUUUCGGCCGAUAUCAAGGCAAGUCUUUCUGCAUUGUCGAGAAUGAAAUGCCUAAGAUCUUAGAGCUCGUUACACAGAUGGUGGCUCGAACUAUUGUUGGACCUGAUAUCUGUCGUGACCCAGAAUGGGUUCCAGCUGUGAUUGGAUAUGCACAGAACGUCUUCAUGGGAGCAGUCACUUUGAAACUAGUACCCAAGAUAGCAUGGCCGCUCGUGUCCCUCUUCACACCCCAUACGUACCGCAUUCAUCGAUGCCGCCGCACAAUCAGACGGCUCGUCCGCCCAGUGAUCGAACAGACACUAGCAUGGCGCCACGAACAUCCGCAGCUAUGGGCGGCCAAGGUCAAGAACGAGGAGAUGACAACCUUGGAAUGGCUCAUUGAGACCUCGAAGCCCGGAGAGACCAACGUGCCGCAGAUGGCACAUCGGCUCACAGGUGUUAGCUUCGGUGCAGCCCACACCACUUCAAACACUAUCACCAAUGCCCUCAUGGAUCUGGCUAAUGACUUUGAGCGAUGGGCUCCUCCAUUACGGGAGGAAAUCGAGAGCAUUGUGGGCCGUGAUUCCUCACGUCUGACGAAUGCGGAUCUAUCCAAGAUGUGGAAACUCGACAGCUUUUUGAAAGAAUCGCAGAGAUUCCACCCACCCUCGAAACUGUCCGUUAACAGGAAGAUGAUGAAAGACCACACUCUAUCCUCAGGGGAAGUGCUACCGAAGGACGCACACAUCUCCUUCGCAGGCGUGCCCAUGUCUCUCUCUGAACCCACCUUUGAGAACCCGGAAGCUUUCGAUGGGUUCAGGUUUGAGCGACUGAGACGCAAUAAGGAGACGGACCACAAUGGCUUGCAGUUCACUUCGUCGUACUCCGGGAGUCUGCACUUCGGACACGGAAGAUACAUGUGUCCGGGAAGGUUUAUGGGCAGUCUGAUCAGCAAGCUGCUUAUCAUUGAAUUCCUGCAGCGCUAUGACCUGAAGUUGAGCGGGCAGCGCCGACCCGAGAAUAUCAUGUUCUUUGAUAUGGAUAUUCCUGAUCCUAAGUAUGAGAUCAUGUUCCGGGAUAGGACGGCAUGA